AUGGCGGAACAUGGAAACGCCUCACCGAGACGUUCGUCGCUCAGCAGCAGACACGGCGUGAGCCGCGACGCAGCAAAGACCAUUUCGGCAUGUCUCACAUGCCGGCGGAAAAAGGUCAAGUGCUCGGGCGAUGCGCCGUGCACGUACUGCAGCCGGCGCGACCUCGAGUGCAAGUUCCCCGAGCCGGCCAAGAAGCGGGUGUACUCUGUCACUCGGAUUCAAGACCUCCAAGAAAGGCUGGCUCGGUAUGAGAGCCAAGCAAGUCAGACGGAGUCACCCAACCGUCCGCCAACCAGGGCUACAGCGCCGACACCUCAGGAUAACGCAACUCAGGUGAACGCUGCUUCCACCCUGCUCGGGCUGGCGCUUGACCAAUCCAUAUCCCCCACACAGAGGAACAACCCAUCUGGAGGCAACGCUAGUAACGUCGUCGUCGAAUCUUCACCGAGGUCCGGUAUACUGGCCGACUCUUCACUGAGCUCCAUCCACACCUUUGGAUCGCGGCUCCAAACCGUCCUGGAGCAUCCACGGCUAGGGCGCCGAGACCGCGUCAGCCACCUAACCGACCCGGGAUUCGGCACAGCCCUAAAGCCCCGGGAUGGCGCGCUCCCGCUCCCCUCGGAGGAGGAGGCCCGCAGGCUCUUCGACAGCAUGACCUUCUUCAUCGGGCACACCCAGCACCACGUCGACACGCGCGAGUUCUCGGACCGCCUCGCCUUCUUCUACUCGAACCUGAGCGACGCGUCGCAGACGCAGACGCCGUGGUACCUGGAGAUGCUGCUCGUGUUCGCCAUCGGCAAACUCUUCUCGGGGAGCUUCGACGACGACGAGAGGAGCGGGUUGCCCGGGUCGACCAUCUUCGCGUAUGUCCAGUCCAAACUCCCGAGCCUGGGCGAGCUGUACGUCCUGGGGAAGCUGGGGAUCGAGAUACAUGCCCUGGCGGCGGUGUAUUUGCAGAAUGCGAACCGCAAAGAGGAGGCGUACCUUUAUAUCAGUUCCGCGCUCCGGUUGGCGACAACGCAUGGCUAUCACCGCAAAUCGGGGACAGGUCACUUGUUGCAGUCAGAAAAGGUGCACCUGAACCGGUUGUGGUGGACGGUGUACAUGCAAGAGAGACGCCUCGCUGCCGCUACCGGCAACCCCUCGAGUAUCCUGGACGAGGCCAUCGAGGUCGACAUGCCCAAAGACUCACCGGGCUUUCCGCCGGCUCUCCCUCUGCGAACCAACAUCAAGAUUGCAAGGGUCACGGGGAGGAUCUUGCCGACCAUCUAUGAACCAGGCACACAUCCCGAAGAAACCUUCGUCCCGAACGUGCAAGGCAUUGUGCAGUCGCUUUACUGGAUCGCGAAGGAGAUUCCGAGUGAAUUGUCGACCAACACGUCCGAUUUGGCGAUCACCGAAGGGGACGUUUCGCUGAGAACGUCGGCGUAUCUCCAUAUGAUGCUUUACCAAGCGAUUCUUCUGACCAUUCGGCCCGUCAUGCUCCACGUGUCAAAACUCAUAUUCGACCAGGAAAACGGCGGCGGAGACUUCCAGCUGGGAGCCUCGCCGCUGGGACGGCUCAGCCGGACGUGCUCGGAAGCGGCACGUCGGCUGCUGGAGGUCUUGAUGUCGUUACGAAAGAAGAACAUCUUGACAACGUUUGGUUUCUUCGACUUGGACGCCAUCUUCUCGGCUGCCUUCAUCAUGAUCCUGACGCUCAUCAUCGACUCGACGUGCGAGGAGGGCGGGAAGCUGGCGCCUAGACCGGGCCUCUCGGAGGCGUUGGAUAUUCUCGACUACCUCGUCGGGCGGGGUAACAACUUUGCGCUGCAAAGGGCGCGGGAGGUGCGGCGGAUGCGGGAUCACCUGUCGACCUUCUUGGACAUACCCAAGAACAGUCCCAGCGAGUUCGGCACGAAUCGGCCGGGGAUGGCGAGUAUGGCUGCGGAGGGCGGUGAACAGUCGUUAGCGACAACAGUCUUCUCGGCGACGGGCGACGAUGGCGACGACACCCAGGCCGCUGCGACGACGAGCAGGUCUGUUGACAGGGGGGUUCUGACGUCGUCUGGACGGGCUAGCCAGCUGGGGUCGAGAAGCCUGCUGGAUUCGAGUCUGUGGAACGACAUUUCGUAUUUGUGGAUGCAGCCAGCAGCGGCGGCGGGACCAAACGACGAAGGGCAGUCGUUUAGGCAGACAGAGGGAAUGGCAGAGCUGCUGCCAGAGGACGUGUUUGACUGGAACUCCAUCUACCGUGACCAAGACCUGAGCCUGACGGGGCAAGACUUGGGCGAUUUCGGCGAGUUGGAAAGACACAUACUGGGGUUCAGCGGUUGA